GCGGUAGCAUAACCUUCGGUGAGAGUCGCCCCCUUUUCAUAAGCAGCCUUCGACCCGCCCAUGACCAAGCAAGCAACCGCGUCCCCUUUCCUUCUCUCUUGCACUGCGAUCUUUCUCGAUUAGGGUUUAUCUACUUCCGUCGAUCUGCUUACGCGAUAUCGGAGAUGAACGACGGGAGCAAGAGCACCGCCAGAGCCUCCUUCGGCACGCCAGCCUUCUCCGGCGGUCAAUCGGCCUCCACCAGCAGCAGCGUGGGCUCGCCCUCCAGCCGGAUCGAGCCAGUGGCGACCACGCCCGCCAGCGAGAACACCUUGGUCAGGCUGAAUCACCUCGAAAUCCAGAGGGACGACGUGGGAACGCCAGAAGUAGCCGUGGGCACUAAAAAGAAAAAAAGGGGUGCUCGAGCAGUUUCAGGUGAUAAAAGUGGAAGGGGACUCCGACAAUUCAGCAUGAAAGUUUGUGAGAAAGUUGAAAGCAAGGGACGUACUACUUACAAUGAGGUUGCAGAUGAACUUGUUACAGAGUUUGCAGAUCCCAACAAUAAUCCAGGAUCUCAAGAUCAGCAACAGUAUGAUGAAAAGAACAUAAGGCGAAGGGUGUAUGAUGCACUGAAUGUUCUCAUGGCUAUGGAUAUUAUCUCUAAAGAUAAAAAGGAGAUACAAUGGAAAGGUUUACCACGAACUAGUUUAAAUGACAUUGAAGAAUUAAAGACAGAGCGAAUUGGAUUGAGGAAUAGGAUUGAAAAGAAAACUGCAUAUUUGCAAGAAUUGCAAGAUCAAUAUUUAGGUCUCCAAAACUUGGUGCAAAGGAAUGAGCAGUUGUAUGGAUCAGGAAAUCUCCCAUCUGGUGGUGUUGCUCUACCUUUUAUCUUAGUUCAGACUCGUCCUCAUGCCACAGUUGAGGUGGAAAUUUCAGAAGACAUGCAACUGGUGCAUUUUGACUUUAACAGUACCCCAUUCGAACUCCAUGAUCAUUCAUAUGUCAUUAAAGCAAUGGGAUUAUGCGAAGGAGAGAAAGAAGAUGACGCUCUGCCACGUCCUAAUGGAGGCAAUUGCUCCAGCAUGAUGGGCAUGCCCCAGGAUCAUACAUCACAACCUUCUCAACCCAGUUCAAUGGGUAGACAAAUAAUUUCUCCCCCUAAACCUGGAAUUUUAAAGUCACGCGUGAAGAAUGAACAUUAAUUUCUAUUGUUGUCUUGAAACUCUGUUUAUGUCCACCAUUCGAUUCUUUUCUUCAUUCAGGAUGUGCAUAUAAAUUAGUUUGUAACAGUCUGACGGGUUUAGGGUUUUUGAUAACAGCAUCAGUGGUCUUCCGGUUUGUUGAGUAAUUACUGAGUUCAUAGAUCAUAUUACUGUAAUGCAAUUGUGUGCGAUUUUUUUUUUCUCUGGUCCUCCUCGUGUAAUAGUUGGGCCUGGGGUAGAGUUCUAUAGGAAGUCAUGCACGUGUUCAUAAACAACAAUUUUUUUUUAUGUAUUGGAUAUCUUCUUUUGCUUAUUUGACUGCUAGCAUGCUAUUUAUGUGUGGCUUAUGGAAGUUUUGGAAUUGGAACUCAAAAUCU